CAGCAACCAAGAGUUCGAACCAGAAAUCCAAAAGAACCCUUCUCAUCUCAUCUCUCUCUCUAAAUUUCUUUGGAGGAUUUCUCUUGGCGUGGCCGUGUUGUAUUUCUGAACAAUCUCAUCUUCUUCACAGAUUCAUCAUAUUAUCGAUAUACACCUAUCUGCAAUCAUGAGUGACGACGGAGAAAAGACCUGCCCUCUUUGUGCGGAAGAGAUGGAUUUGACCGACCAGCAACUCAAGCCUUGCAACUGUGGUUAUGAGAUUUGUGUUUGGUGUUGGCAUCACAUAAUGGAUAUGGCUGAGAAGGAUAAUACUGAGGGGAGGUGUCCAGCAUGUCGUAGUGCUUAUGAUAAAGAAAAGAUUGUAGGGACGGCUGCUAAUUGUGAGAGGUUGGUUGCUGAAGUUAAUAUGGAAAGAAAAACAAAGUCGCAAAAAGGAAAGAGUAAAUCACCUGAAGGAAGGAAGCAACUGAGCACUGUGCGAGUUAUUCAACGGAAUCUUGUUUACAUAGUUGGGUUGCCACUUAAUCUGGCAGAUGAAGAGCUUCUCCAACGUAGAGAUUAUUUUGGUCAAUAUGGGAAAGUUCUUAAAGUAUCUAUGUCUCGGACUGCAGCUGGUGUAAUUCAGCAAUUUCCAAACAAUACGUGUAGUGUAUAUAUUACGUACUCAAAAGAAGAGGAAGCCAUUCGUUGUAUCCAGUCUGUACAUGGAUUUGUCUUGGACGGUAGACCAUUAAAGGCAUGCUUUGGUACAACAAAGUAUUGUCAUGCAUGGCUGAGAAAUGUGCCUUGCACAAAUCCUGAUUGUCUAUAUUUGCAUGAGAUUGGUUCUCAAGAAGAUAGUUUCACAAAAGAUGAAAUUAUAUCAGCGUACACAAGGGUUCAACAAAUAACUGGUGCAACAAACAACAUGCAACGGUGUCCUGGAAAUAUGUUACCUCCACCAGUGGAUGAUUAUUGCCCCAACAGUUCUGCUUCUGCAGCAAAACCAAUUGCUAAAAGUGUUCCAAAUAAUGCAAUGGCGACCAUUCCAAAAAGUUCUCCAAAUUGCAGCUCUGGUAGAUCUAUUGCUCUUCCUGCUGGAGCAUCAUGGGGAACGUGUGCAUUAAAUCAAUCACAACUGGUUGGUUUAGCUUGUUCGAAUGGACCUCCUAAGCAGAAUCCUGACACAGUCAGCAGCUCAUUACCAUUUUCAUCUGCAGUAACAAACACCAAGCAAACAUGUUCAGCAAAUGCUGAUUUUAUAAAGAAGCCAUCUGAGGAGAUUCAUGCUAUGCCUAUGAAGAGUAGACCCGAUUUGUUAAAACCUCCAAAGGAGAAUGCUGGUUUAGAUUGUCAAACCACUACGCUAAUGAAACCUACUUCUCCCAAUGGAGUUACUUCUUCUAUAUCAUUGAGCAGCCGGUUAUCUCCGACACUAGUAUCCAAUCAUGAUGACCAGGGCACUAAUAUAUCAGCAGCUAUUACAAACUCCUCCUUGGGUCAUGGUGGUCAGACAUCUAUUUCCUGUGGUGAGGAAGUGAGGAGUAUUUCCUCUGCUGAUGGGAACACAGAGAGGUUGUGCUCUGAUAUGUCAACAUUGACUUUGGAUAGGAUGAGUGGACAUUCUGAUGAAGUUAGGCCAAACAGUUCAGCUUCUGAACAUGGAUCUAGCAGUUCACCUAGUAGUCAGGGGUUACGACAAUGUUAUAAUGAUUACCAUCAAGAACCAUUAAGUUCAGAAGCUGGUGGGAGAUAUGUGACCUCUCCCAGUGAGGUGUGUGUUUCAAAAGACCAGUCUUUCUGGAAAACUGACGCACAUAUUCAAGCUUUGGAAAAUAUAAGUUCUGAAGUAGAGGAAGAGAUAUUGUCUUUUGAUAAUCAGAGACUCAAGGAUCCUGAAGUGAUUAGUUGUUCAAGUUAUGUGCCAAAUUCACCAAUUCCGUUCAAAUUGUCAAAUCACUGUAGGUCGCAUUCUUUGCAACAUGGUGAAGCUUUUGGUUCUGUUAAUUUGAAAAUUGAUACUCUCAUUGUAGAUAAUAAAGCACAUGACACUUCAUGUCUUCAUGGAGCUAAUGUUUCUACUUUGUCUAAUGGGUACCUUGAUAAGUACAUAAGCAGUGGUAUUGGUUCUGACAUUACCACGGAAUGCUACUCUCUGCUUUCAAAUAGAGAGAAAGGGAAGCAGUUGGGAAGAUUCCUUGUUAAUGCCGAGAGGAAUGCUGCUAAUGAUACAGGGGAGAGCAACUUAAUUUCGAACAUAUUGUCACUAGAUUUUGAUACAUGGGAUGAGCCUCUGACUUCUCCGCAGACCUUGGCGAAAUUGUUGGGAGACAGUGAGAAGCAGCAGCCCAGUCCUCUCAGAUUAUCUAGUUCGUGGAAAGCUCUGAAUACCAAUCAGUCCCGAUUCUCAUUUGCAAGACAGGAGGAUACUAAAUAUUGUCCGGCUGAUGUUGAGUCCUUGUAUAGUGUUUUUGGGCAAAUGCCACAGAACCAUCCUUCUAGCCAAGAUUUUGCAGACAGCAGGGAUCUUUAUCUAGGCAAGUUUGGAGGUCCUAAUGGUUUAUCUUCCUGUAACUUUGAAGAAUCUGACAAAUUUUCCAGCAGUCCUUCAGUUUCCUCCAAUAAGCUUUCUGCUUCAAGAGCUCAGAUUUCGGCCCCACCAGGAUUCUCUGUCCCUAGCAGGGCACCACCUCCAGGCUUUUCUUCUAUUGAGAGAGUAAACCAUGCUUUUGACCACACAUCUGGAAAUCAUUUGAUGGACUCUUCAACCCUAUUAAGAAAUUCUUAUCAGGCUCCUCAAAGUGGUGGGAUUGGUGGCGCUGGGGAUGUAGAACUUAUAGAUCCAGCAAUUUUGGAAGUUGGUAAGGGUAGAAUUCACGGAGGGCUCAAUUAUCCAGGCUUUGACAUGAGAUCAAAUUUUGUUGAACAGUUAGGUACCUAUGAAAACGAGGCCAGAUUACAAGUACUGAUGCAGAGAUCUCUUUCUCCGCAUCAGAACCUUAGAUAUGAUGCUGGGAAUAGCUUUUCUUCUCCGAAUGACUCUUAUGGGAUUUCUUCAAGGCUAAUGGACCACUCACAAGUUAACAAUAUGUCCUCAUUUGCCCAAUUGAAUCUCCAACAGUCGAGAAACACACAUAAUAUGUCAAAUGGUCACUGGAACGGAUGGAAUGAGGUCCAGGGUGGAAACGGUCUUGGUGUGGCAGAGCUCCUAAGAAACGAAAGAUUGGGAUUUAAUAAGUUUUAUUCCGGGUAUGAAGACUCAAAGUACAGGAUGCCCACAUCAGGGGAUCUGUACAACAGAACAUUCGGGAUGUGAUUGUUCUCCGGAACCAAGUUGGUUGCUUAAUUGCCAAUAUUGCUUUAUGCUGAGAGGGAGAAUGACUUACGCAAUCUUGGUUUGCACGUUGAGUAUGGGCAUGCUGACUUGUAACUGGUGUCCUUGGCCAAGGGAACCCUAAUGAAGGAUUGAUAUUCUGAUGACUUCCUCUAAAAAGGCAGUGUCUGGAAACCAGCACAAGCUGGUGGUAAGUAAGAAGAUAUUCUAGUAUUAUAAGUUUUAUAUUCUGCCUGUUUAUUGUGUCUGCACCUGCUCGUUUUGGCCAAAAAAAAAUUGCUGUGAAAGCUUUUUGUAGGUCACAAUUUUGGGUAAAAAAAUAGGCGAAGGUUGGAGGCCAAAAUGGUUACAGUUACAAAUUAAAAUGUACAUCUUUGUAUUUGCAUGUGCUUCUUUCAAUAUGGAAACGAUUUUUUUCUUUAAA